AUGAGAGGACUUUAUGCCAUUGUAGUCUUUGUCACCUUUGUCUGCUGCAUCAGGGCUAAGAAGAUGCGGUGGUGCACAGUGUCAGAUCCUGAGCAGAGGAAGUGCGCAGAGCUCGGGAAAGCUCUGGUGGCAGUGCUGCCGCCAGCUGCUGUGGCAGCGUUUGCCAAACUCUCAUGCAUAAGAGCGCCCAGCACGACUGACUGCAUCGACAGGAUCCGGGCUAACCGGGCUGAUAUAGUGACAUUAGACGCAGGGGAAGUUUAUUCUGCUGUGAAGCAGUUCGGCCUCGUCGUUGUUGCCAAGGAGAUCUACAGUGACGGGGGCUGUAUUCUGUCUGUGGCUGUGGUGCGGAACAGCAGCGUGGACAUACGGUCCCUGCAGGGCCUCAGGAGCUGUCACAGUGGGGUUCGAUGGACGGCUGGAUGGAGUCUCCCUCUCGGCUUCCUGCUGUCCCGCAACUACCUGAGCUGGUCAAAGGAGCAGCCACUCAGUCAGGACGUCAGCACCUUCUUCAGUGCCAGCUGCAUUCCAGGAGCUGCGGCCAUGGCGCCACCUCUGUGCGCUCUGUGCCAAGGCCAGAAGUCCUACAUACGCCAGAAGAAUUACCACUGCGAAACGUCCCACAGUGAACCCUUCUACAACAGCCAAGGGGCCCUCAAAUGUCUCAGGAGCGGAGCAGGAGAUGUCGCCUUUGUGGACCAUUUGGCUCUUGAAAGUAUUGAAGACAGUGACAGAGACGAGUUCAGCUUACUGUGCACAGACGGCACGCAAGCCCCUCUCAGCAGCUACAGAAGUUGUAAUCUGGGACGUGGUCCAGGAGGCGGCAUGGUGACCAGAUUUAACUUCCGCAAAGUUGCUCGCAAGUUUCUGCAGACGGUGCAGGUGCUGUUUGGUCAACAAGGGCGGGAGCGACAGCGCUUCCAUCUCUUCAACUCCUCUUCGUUUGGAGAACACGACCUUCUCUUCAAAGAUGUGACGGAUAAACUGGCUGUUCUUCUAGAUGACAUGGACGUCAGUCAGGUGCUGGGGCUGGAUUAUGUGGCUCUCCUCAAAGGCCUUGGACAUGAAGGAAGUUCACUGGAGGACAGUGUGGUGCGUUGGUGCUGUAUCAGCCACGCAGAGCAGAAGAAGUGUGAGCAGUGGGCUCUCAGUAUCAAAUCUGACCCGCUGGUGUGUGUUAAAGCGGUCUCACUCCGCGACUGUAUAGAGAAAAUUAAGAGGGACGAGGUAGACGCUGUCUCGCUGGAUGCAACUCACGCUUUCAUCGCAGGAAAAUGUGGUCUGGUCCCUGUAGUCACAGAAUAUUAUGGAAGAGAGUGUGUUCCAGCUGAGGGAUCGACGCACCUGGAGACGGACGUGUUGCCUUCAGUGGUGGCCGUGGCCGUUGCAAAGCGCUCGAGCAGGAACAUUUUCAUCGGGAACCUCGGAGGCCGUCGCUCCUGCCACAGCCACAUGUACAGUCCAGCCGGCUGGCUGCUGCCGUACAGACACACGUUAAGUCUGGAGCAUAACAGCAGCUCCCCCUGUGAUCCAAACCAAGUGUACAACGAGGUGUUUUGGAAAGGCUGUCUUCCUGGCUCCCAGGGGAAUCUGUGUAAAGUGUGCAUGGGAGGCACCGGGGAGGCCGCCACCAAACGCUGUGCUGACAACCACAAUGAGCGUUUCUAUGGCAACAUGGGGGCUUUGAGGUGUCUGGUUGGAGAUCCGAGUGGUAAAAGCUACGGCGAUGUGGCCUUCCUGGAGCAGCACAACCUGCAGUCCAACAUCCUCAGUUUGAGUUCCACUGGUUGGGCAGACGGGUGGACGUCGUCAGACUUUGAGCUGAUGUGUGGUGACGGCCGUCGGGCCCCGUUGUCUGAGUGGGAGAGCUGCAACCUUGGAGUCAUCCCACCGAACACCAUCAUGACGCGGCCAGUUCUAACGGCACGAGUGUAUGACUUCCUCAUGAAGUCUCAGGAAACUUUGGCAGCCAACCCAAACGCAGAGUUCAAGCUCUUUGAGUCUCAGCAGUAUGGAGAAAGUGACCUGCUGUUCAAAGAUGCAACUCAGUGUUUUGUCCACACGAGCCACAUGGACUACCGCUCUAUCCUCGGAGAAGAGUUUUACAGUCACGCAGAAACCGUCUUCAACUGCACACACUCUGACAUCUUGGAGUUUUGUAAUCAGGACGUGUGCAGCAUAUUUUAAUGGACACACAGAAGGACACCCAGCGGUUCAAGCUUUCAUCUGCAAACUUGUUUCGUCCACAUGUGAUGACUGCGAACCAUCACUGGUAUCAUCCUGUUAAUAGCAGAGAUUACAGUCUGCUGCCUGACGCUACUGCAAACUGAAGUGAUCGCCACAUGCACCUGCUUUCAUGUUUUCCACAAGUCUUAAGAGACAGACAAAAGCCUUCAAUGUGUUUCAGGUCCUACUGUAACAUUUGUGUCAACAGAGCAAAGGGUAAACAUGAAAACAAGUUAAGGUGACAUGUAGCAUUGAGGUUACUAAAAAACAUAAAAGACAUGAGUACACUUGUGUGUGUGUUUG